UCAUUGGAUUCGCACCAUGCUGAAGUUCGUGAUCUUGUUGUCUGCAGUAGCCUGCGCCCUGGGAGGCACCGUCCCUGAGGGACUCCUGCCUCAGUUGGAUGGCCGCAUUGUCGGCGGCUCUGCUACCACCAUCAGCAGCUUCCCCUGGCAGAUCUCCCUGCAGCGCAGUGGAAGCCACUCCUGCGGUGGAUCCAUCUACUCCAGCAACGUCAUCGUGACCGCCGCUCACUGUCUGCAGUCCGUGUCCGCUUCCGUCCUGCAGAUCCGUGCUGGAUCCAGCUACUGGAGCUCCGGCGGUGUCACCUUCUCUGUGUCCUCCUUCAAGAACCACGAGGGCUACAACGCCAACACCAUGGUCAACGACAUUGCCAUCAUCAAGAUCAACGGCGCCCUGACCUUCAGCUCCACCAUCAAGGCCAUCGGUCUGGCUAGCUCCAACCCCGCCAACGGCGCUGCGGCCUCCGUCUCCGGAUGGGGCACUCUCUCCUACGGAUCCAGCUCCAUCCCCUCCCAGCUGCAGUACGUGAACGUGAACAUCGUUAGCCAGAGCCAGUGUGCUUCCUCCACCUACGGAUACGGUAGCCAGAUCCGCAGCACCAUGAUCUGCGCUGCUGCCAGCGGCAAGGAUGCCUGCCAGGGUGACUCCGGUGGCCCACUGGUCUCCGGCGGAGUCCUCGUCGGUGUUGUCUCCUGGGGAUACGGAUGCGCUUACUCCAACUACCCCGGUGUCUAUGCCGAUGUUGCUGCCCUCCGCUCCUGGGUUAUUAGCAAUGCCUAAGAAGUAUGCGAAAUAAAUUUCAGUUUGGAUAUU